AUGGAUGCGUUUAAUGGUCGAAACUCUCCGAAAAACACGGCGAAUAACACGGAAAUACUGCUCGCGCUGUUAGCGCAGAACGAGGAUCUCCGCAAAGAGAUCCCAGUUUGCGCUGGCUGCAAUCAGCACAUCACAGACAGGUUCAUCCUCAAGGUCCUCGACCGGCACUGGCACAGCAAGUGUCUGAGAUGCAGCGACUGUCAGGCACAGCUGGCGGACAAGUGCUUCAGCAGGGGUGACAGUGUGUACUGUAAGGAGGACUUCUUCAAGAGAUUUGGGACCAAAUGUGCCGCAUGCCAGCAGGGUAUUCCGCCCACGCAGGUGGUGCGGCGGGCACAGGACUUUGUGUACCACCUGCACUGCUUUGCAUGCAUCGUGUGCAAGAGGCAGCUGGCCACGGGGGACGAGUACUACCUGAUGGAGGACAGCAGAUUGGUGUGCAAGGCGGACUACGAGACAGCCAAGCAGAGGGAGGCAGACUCUACUGCGAAAAGACCGCGGACCACUAUCACAGCCAAACAGCUGGAGACCCUGAAAAACGCCUACAACAACUCUCCUAAACCCGCCAGGCACGUUCGAGAGCAGCUGUCGUCAGAAACGGGCCUGGAUAUGAGAGUGGUUCAGGUAUGGUUCCAGAACAGGCGUGCCAAGGAGAAGAGGCUGAAGAAGGAUGCUGGACGGCAAAGGUGGGGUCAGUACUUCCGCAGCAUGAAGAGGUCGCGGGGCGGCUCAAAAUCGGACAAGGACAGCGUUCAGGAAGAGGGCAUGGACAGCGACGCAGAGGUGUCCUUCACAGAUGAGCCUGCUGUGCCAGAUGUCAGCCACUCCAAUGGGCUGUACAGCAGCCUGAGCGAGACAUCCCCAGCUAUUGGUCGCCAGGGUGGUAGCCAUGGCAACUUCCCCCUGGAGCAAGGGGUCGUCCAGCCACAGGAUCAGUACCACGACAUCCGAUCGAGCAGUCCCUAUGGCCUUCCCCAGUCACCGGGAUCCCUUCAAGCCCUGCCUGGACAUCAGCCACUCAUCUCCAGCCUCGUCUACCCUGACUCAGGCCUGUCCAUCAUGACCCAAGGCGGGCAUCCCGGCAUGACCCCAGCCAUGCGGGCGAUGGGAGGCGGCAAUGGCCCCAGUUCGGACUUGUCCACGGGCAGCAGCGGAGGCUACCCAGACUUCCCGGCAAGCCCCGCCUCCUGGCUCGAUGAGGUGGACCACACUCAGUUCUGAGGACCCUUAUCCAUGUCCAGUAGUGCAAAAGGCACUAUAUAGAUACAAUACAAAAUCAUUUAUUGUACUCUGGAAAAAUAUCUGCAUUUCAUGACGGAUGUGGUCCCACACAUUGUUACAGUCACCACUGAAACAGACUGAGUUGGGAGCCAAACAUUGAACGACCUGUCAAGGGGA